AUUGUUACAAGCGUCGAAGCACCAUCGAAAUUAUUGAGUGGUUUAUUUGCUUAUAGGCAACAAUACUCGCGUGGCAAAUACACGUAAAAUUUAUUGAACCAUCUUUCUUUCAGAUAUCGUCAUUAUUAUAUUACUUCCAGUUCAUAUCCAAAUCAACAUGGAUCUUAAAAUUGCAGUGUUUUUGCUAUUUGUGUCGCUUUCAAGCGCUCGAUCAGAGGCAUCGAUUUCGGAGGCAGCGGUACAAGACCAGGCUAACGUGUUCUACAUGCCCGGCACACCAACCAACGUCAGCGUGACAGUAUCUUUCGACAACCUAGAAGAUGUGGAUAAAGAAAUCACCUCAAUUGAAAUGUACUUAACGAAUGCGGACGAUUUGGCCACUGCAACCACGAAGUCAGAUGCGUUUAGUACAACACUAGAACCGGCGCAGUUCGUCCCGGCUUCAACCGAUGGUAUAACCCCCGGUAGACUUGACAUUCCAGUUACGACCAUCGAAGGUGUCACGUGUAUUGCUGCCAAUUGUUUGGCUUAUUCUCACGCGUGUGUCGGGUUUAAUAACCAAGACACGGGUGCCAAGUGUAUCACACUCGGCGCUGCUGAUGGUGCCGCAGGUGUUAAAAAAUGUUCGGAUUUGGCUAUGCAGAGUUUCGCCGUUUCAGCUGGCGAUGAAGCCAUUACUUACAACACCGACACUGAAGUCACCAUUGAAGCCACGGUCACAAUCAACAACGUAGCAGAAGUAAACAUCGCAGCCGCCGCCGAUGGCGCACCGGACACUUUCUCACUGAAAGUGUUUUUCGCCGAUAGCGACGAUCUUGAGUCCAUGGACGUCAUCAAGGGACCAGUCGAUGGCAUUGCCGCAACCCCCGCCGAUCUAACCACACUUAGAAGUGAAUAUCUGGGCAGUGAGAACGAUCCAUCAAGUCCGGUAACGGAGAUCCAAGUCGCAAUUAAUGCUACUGUACCAACUGACAAUUGCUCCAGCUUUAAAUUCAUGUGUGCCUAUGCCACCGUUGCAGACGUUGUCAACAAUCAGAACACGUCAAAUGAUUUCAAAUGCCUACCACUAGGAUCUCAACCUACCGAAGCAGACCCUGCGGCCGGUGAAGUCGAAUGUAAUAAUGGAGUAUCUCUGAAACUCGACGUCAUCGUCGCUCUUCUAUUGGCGUUAGUUUCCAUGGCAACCACGCAAAUGUUCUUCUGAUCGACAAAACUUUGAAGAUUGUUGUUCUUUUUUUAUAUAUUUCUAUACUUGUGGGUACUGUGCAGAAACCCUGAUGGCGUUACUUAUAUCGCGUGAUCUUAAUAGGACGAGAGAAUGACACGGUACGACGAAGACGAAUACUGAAGUCUAUAUUCAAUGAUUCAAAGUACCUGACUCUUGUCGUUAAGCAGCCCUGCGCAAUAAGUUGAACACGGACGUGCAGCUACCACGCCAUUGGCUGACUGGGGCACGUGACAUGUUUGUACAGUCACGUGUAUACAUUAUUUAAAUUGUAAAAGGUGAUUUAAAUGAAAUUGUAGAAGUUCGUAAGGGGCGCUUGUAUAUUUAAUAAACUAAAGUAAAUACAAUGAAACACAAA